AUGGCGGGGCCUUACUUCCACCUUCCAGUAUCUUGCCAUCCGGCGACUGAUCGACUGGGAUCCAACAAACCCUUCCCAUUAUUCGAAAACUCGCCGUUGAACGCGUCGAGAGAUGGCUCACAGGCCCAGCAAGCGUAUCAGAAGCUCACGCUGGGUGGCGGAGCCCAGGGCGCGCAUUGGAAUGCAAGCAUUCUCAAAAAUACCAAUCGCGUCAAGUUCACUGUGAACGAGCUUGAGCUCAAGGAGCCCCCAAGUGGCCACUCGGACCAAUCCCGACAGGACCGUAGGGGCUACUCUUUGCUCCCUCGAAGGCCUCUGCCCACCGCCAACAUUCCUCGUGUCCAGGAUUGGAGCAGUGGAGAUCCGCAAAGAGGGAGAUCAGCAGAGCAGCGGAGCUCUACCGCGUCAGCCGAUGUCACCGGCUUGACGAUCGACAGCAAGACCACCUCGACGGAGCCAGGAGACUAUGAAAUCAGUCCCAGUCCCUACGACAAGGGGCGUGCUAUAACCUAUGCACAGGAACGGGCCCAGCGGCUUGCAUCCCUUCUCUCUCGAAAAUCUCCGAAGCAAAGUCCCCGCUCCAGCCUUGCACUAUCGACUGCAUCCACUCCUCCAGAGGCCCUAUUUCUUUCUGAGGAUGGGGAUGAGCUUUCUUUGAUCAGUUACUUUGAGAAGCAUCAACUCUUUGACGAGCUUACCCUGAUCGACGAUGAAGCUGGCUUCAUAGACGGGAGAUCUACACCGCACAGCUACGAAGUCAAAAGUACUCUGCGCCAAAUGUCACGUCCCGACCUUCACUUUUUGACUCGUUUUCGUCCUUCCUCUCCCGGUUCACUGUCCGGCCGAGGUACCCCGUCUGAAGAUCGGGACUCCCUCGAACGGCCGAGACAUAACCGCGGAGGAAUUCUUUCUUCAAUACUCAAGCUAUACGACCAGUCCGGUCAGGCAUACUAUUCGGGCCAGGGCCAGUAUGGCGAAUCCCGACGGGGAAGUGCCUCCACCGACUACAGCAGACGUGGUUCUUCCCCUGAUGACGACUCGGUCUGGAAGGCCAAUCGCCCCAAAAAGUGGUAUGAGAAAUCAUCUAGCCGAUCCAGCACUUCCCUUGCCGGCUCUUCGAUCAAGAAUAUCUCUCCUGUUGGUAUCCUCAAGCGGUCUCGCAGCAGCAAUGCUGUUGAGGGAGGCGGACGUCGUUACCCAAAGCCCCAGCUUGAAGAUGAAAUACGAAUCACCAUUCACAUCGCUGAGCUCCUUCAACGCCAGCGGUAUCUGAUCAGGCUCUGCCGAGCCUUGAUGAAAUAUGGUGCUCCGACUCAUCGUCUGGAAGAAUACAUGCGAAUGACUGCACGAGUCCUGGAGAUUGAUGGCCAAUUCCUAUAUAUCCCAGGCUGUAUGAUUAUCUCCUUCGACGACGCCACCACGCACACGACCGAAGUCAAAGUCGUCCGAUCCAGUCAGGGAAUCGACUUGGGCAAGCUGGCCGACGUCCACGAAAUCUACAAGGAAGUGAUUCACGACGUGAUCGGGGUCGAAGAAGCCAUCCAGCGAUUGGAUGAGACGAUGAAGAGGCGGAGCAAGUAUCAUAUUCUGUUCCUCAUCUUUGCCCACGGCUGUGCAAGCGCAUCAGUGGGACCGUUUGCCUUCAAUGCUCGGCCAGUGGACAUGCCCGUUGCCUUUUUGCUGGGCUGUUUACUCGGUGUGCUGCAGCUGAUUUUAUCGCCCAAGUCGAGCUUGUACUCGAAUGUCUUCGAGAUCUCGGCUGCAGUGCUGACCUCCUUCUUGGCUCGGGCAUUUGGAAGUAUUCGAUUCCAAGGGGAGUCUUUGUUCUGCUUCUCUGCUUUGGCACAAUCUUCCAUCGCUCUCAUCCUGCCCGGUUAUACCGUUCUCUGUGCUAGCCUGGAAUUACAGUCACGAAGCAUUGUGGCAGGCUCAGUACGCAUGGUGUACGCCAUCAUUUACUCCCUCUUCCUUGGAUUCGGCAUCACCAUUGGCACUGCUGUUUAUGGCCUGCUAGACCCCGAAGCCUCAACAGCCUAUACGUGCCCCGCAAGCCCGAUCACAAACGAAUACCUUCAGCGAAUCCCCUUCGUAUUGAUCUUCACGGCGUGUCUCGCCAUUGUCAACCAGGCCAAAUGGAAACAAAUUCCCAUUAUGCUGGUCAUCUCUCUGGCCGGCUACGUCGUCACUUAUUUCAGCUCUAAGCGAUUCUACUCUAACACACAAGUCUCGAACGCCCUCGGCGCGUUCGUCAUUGGAGUCAUGGGCAACUGCUACAGCCGUCUCCGCCAUGGACUUGCAGCAGCAGCCAUGCUUCCCGCAAUAUUUGUCCUGGUACCCUCUGGUCUGGCUGCUAGCGGAUCUCUUAUUUCAGGCAUCACGUCAGCAGAGGAGAUGACUCGGAACCCAUACGCAGUCGUAGCCAAUGGAACACAGGGCUUUGUCGACGCAGCGAAGAAUCUCUCAGCCGACGAAGCACGCAAUCAGAGCUACGGCGUCGUCUUCGACAUCGGCUACGGCAUGGUCCAAGUCGCCAUCGGGACUACAGUUGGUCUGUUCCUAGCUGCACUAGUCGUCUACCCAUUGGGCAAGAAACGAAGUGGUCUAUUCAGCUUCUAG